UGUAGCUUUCCGACACAUGAAUGGUCAUAAGCCAAUGAGCUACAAGAUCCUUACACAUGUCCAAACAAAGCCACCUUAACUUAACUCCAUUAUUAUUCUCUUUGCUCCAAAUUCCAACUAAACAACAAACAACACAUCGAUGAUUCUCUCUCAUUAAUCCAUUUCAACACUUCAAUUAUUAUUACUAAGAAUCAUGUUUCUCUCUCUGUUGUCCACUUCAACUAACCUUCCGCACCUAAAAAUUAGUUAAUAGUAACAUCUGACUAAAUUUCUUUGACGAUCGAACUGAGAUCCGAUGUCGGAGAAUUCUGAAAUAUCUCCGAGCAUGUCUUCAACAAGUCUCGGAGAUAUACCAGAAAUCUCCGCAAUACAUCUAGGAAUCGAUCUCGUAUCAGCAGCCAAACGUAACAUCACGUUCUUGAAAAGUGUUGCAGAUUCUCAAUGGCUUCACCAUACAAACAUUACAGUUGAAGCAAUACGAAGGUACCGUGAUUUAUGGAUGCCGUUGAUCUCUGAUCUAACACUAUCAAACUCUUCUCUUCCUAUGAUUCUUCCUCCGUUUGAUGUUGAAUGGAUUUGGUUCUGUCACUGUUUGAACCAUACAAGUUACAGAGAAUAUUGUGAGACAAGAUUUUCGAAACUUGUUGUUGGUAGAGCGGUUAUCAAUGAUGAAGAGAAUAGAGAAUAUGCGUUAAUGCGAUGUAGAGAGAUUUGGAAUAGUAGAUAUCCGUUUGAGUCGUUUGAUAAUGAAGCAAGUUCUGAUUCUGAUAACGUUGUUGCAGAGGGUAGUUUUACUUUGAGUUUGAAGGAUGAUGAUGUUUUUAAGGAAGUUGAAAAACAAAGGUUGUUGUGUUCUAAGUUUAUGGAACCGUAUAGGUGUGAGAUGUUGUAUUUGAUAGCUGCGAGACAAAGAUAUAAAGCUUUUUUGUUUAUGUUGCAAAGGUUGGGCUCUGAAUGUUCUUCACGUUUGGUUCCUACUUCGGAUAUUUUGUUGAUGUGGUUGACUCAUCAGAGCUACCCAACAAUGUAUAUGGAAGAUUUGAAAGUAUUGGCCUUAGAGGGUGAUAUGCAGAAGGUUGCGACUAUAUCUGAACCUGUGAAGGAAAAGGAGUUUGAAGAAACCAAGAAAUUAUGGGACAGGGCAUUCAAUCAACCUUAUGAGAAAGCCGGUGGAGAAGUACCUUUGACAUUGGAAGGUGUCAUCUCAAUCAAGUCCCCCAUCUCGUGGGAGGAAUCAGACAUUGACGUCAAUACAAAAUAUAGGUCCUUGCUUCCAAGACUUUUACUCGAGGCAUGUGUAUUUGUGAGGCUUAAGCCAAGAAUAAAGGCAUCACAGAAGGAUACAAACCGUGAUUUCCUACGCCUCCGAAUGAUCAGGUGUCAUAGUGAGCUAAAGCUAGAUGAAGCCAUCUCCAGUUUCCCCUUUGAUACAUGGAAAAAAGCUUGGCAUCUUUACUGCGAGUUUGGAACUAAGGGAGUUAUGCUUGAAUAUCGUCGUCAUGGUGGUCGUAACUGUCUAAAGAGAAGUAGCCGGCAAGACACUGUUUCGUUCCGCUGGAAUGAUUUAUUGAGAGCAGAUUCUAUAACAUUGGAAAAGGAAGUUAGUCAACAGGUGAAUGUUGUUGCGUCAAUAACCCCACCAGUUCAGGCACCAUACUUGUUGAAAUGUGUGCCUGAUCGAGUCACUGAUGAUUCAGGGGCGAUGAUAUCUGAUGUAUUUCUUAAGAUGAAUAGUUACCGCCCACAAGAAGGACGAUGGUUGUCUCGCACGGUUCUUGAUCAUGCAGGGAGGGUGUGUUUUGUUAUUAGAAUUAGGGUAGGAGGAGGAUUUUGGAGAAGAGGAGGUGAAACUCCUUCAGCUGUAAAAUGGGAAGAUAGGAUUAUAGAGAUACGUGAAGGAUCUUGGUCUUAUGUUGCUGGUUCAAUUGGCAGAGCUCCCGAGAAGGUUGUGGGCACUGCAACACCAAAGGAACCUGCAGAACAAUGUAAAGCGGCAUGGUGCUUUUCAACAGGAGAUGAACUGAUUAUACAGUGGGAUUCAUCAUUAUCAGUAUCAAGUCUCACCUUUAAUUUGACGAAUCCGACAUCUCCAGAGUCAUUGGUGAAGUUAUUGAAAGGGAGGCAAAUGCAAUAUCAAGUGAAAAAGACAAUGCUAAACAACAAAAAUGAAGAAAUGAAGCGUGAGUUAGAGGAGGAUGAGAAGGGUUUUCUAACACUAGUUCGUUUCACAGAAGAUAACCCGGAUGGAAAAGCAACAGCUCUACUAAAUUGGAGGCUAUUGGUUGUCGAAGUAUUGCCCGAAGAAGACACAGUAUUGAUGCUUCUCCUUUGUAUUUCGAUACUGAAAAGCGUAUCUGAAAUGAAAAAACACGACGUGGGAGGCUUGUCGGUGAGGAGAAGAUUAAAGCAAGCAAACUUUGGUACUAAAGAUUGGGGUUCUGUGAUACUUCAUCCAUCUUCAUUUGGCGAUUCGCCUUAUGUUCAACCUUGGUAUUGGAAUGCUGAGCUUGUGAUGACAUUUGAUGAAGUAGAUCAACUCAAAAGGCAGCCAGUAUUAAGUCAUUCAGCAGUGGAAGGCAGCGACAAGUUAUACAAGCAUGGGAUUAUCAGCUAAGCCUUCUGAUUUUUUUUCUUCCAAUUUUAGCUUGAUUGGUUGUUAUUGUUAUUGAUUUUUUUUUGUUGCUUUCUUUGAGUUCAUAUUUUCUAGGGAAUUCAAAAUUCUGAGUCCUGAAGCUUGUUUGGAACACACCAUAAAUUAUAAAUUCUGAGUCCUCAAGUUUGAUUGUGAAUCUUUUUGUAACACUGAUUUUAUCUAUGUACAAAAUUUAUUCAAAUCCAAUUGAAUCACUGAAAUUUACUAUA